UGCUGUUGACGGUCACUCUGAGCCAGUCUGGCCCAAACUCGAGUCUGAAAAGCUAAGUAAAGAUGGGCAGGGUGAUCCCUGGGAAACCCGAUAACUCCAGAAGUGUUUGAGAUAGGAUGGGAAUCUUUUGGCUCGCUGGGCACACCCAGUUAAUUCCGUGCCUGGCCCAGGUCCACGUUCCCCCAAUCUCCAGUUUACAAGGAGAACGGGAACCAACUUCUCCCCGGACACACUGGGUCGGCCCAUGGAUCCGAACCUGACCGGGUCCACUCUGUCUCCUGCUCAUGCCCCAGCCUAGCGUUUUACUCUGAGAAAAAGUAAAAAAUAAAAUCUGGGUGUGGCGGGCCCGCUUCCCCUGUGUGGGUAAAAGACCUCCCCCUUUCUAUGCACAGCCAUUGUGGGGGCAGCUUUUAUUUCCCCUUCUCACAGAACUGCUUAAGACUCCAAGGAGCCUGGGAAGGGAGGACACUUUGGGGGCAGAGCACCGGUUGGUCCCCCACAGAUUUCCAGCACCUUCUUCAUCUGAAAAGUGGGAACUGUAAUAGCAAGUUCUCUCACAAGCGCACAAAGGAUCAAAGACUGGUGUACUCUGGCAGACUGCUUCCUGACCAUCUGCAGUUGAAAGAUAUUCUCAGAAAACAAGAUGACUAUCAUAUGGUCCAUCUAGUCUGUGCUUCUCGAUCUCCUCCCAGCUCCCCACAGUCCAACAGCCGGAGAGGUAGCGAGGAAGCCUUGACCUCCAUCAGCAGUUUUAGUUCAGAUAAUUCGGGAUCAUCAACUCCAUCUUCGAGUCAGGAGUCUCUGACUGCCACGGCCAGUUCUGGUUCUGAAGGCCCGAGGUACCGGAACUCACCACAAGCACCAGCCAAUCCCGAGCAGAGCCUGCAGUUCCCGUACGUGGUGCAAGGAAAUGUUGGGAAUCAGUUUCCUGGGCAAGCUCUUCCAGCUGCAUUCCCCGUCUACCCUGCUUUCAGCCCCCUCCAGAUGCUCUGGUGGCAGCAGAUGUACGCCCGGCAGUAUUACAUGCAGUAUCAAGCUGCUGUUUCAGCCCAGGCAACGUCCAAUACUGACCCAUCCCGACCUGCUGCUGCCCAGGUUCCCAAUCUGGCCCAUGUCCCUGCUCGUGAACCUCAGCCCGGUCCAAAUGCAGGGGCCCAGGAAAACCGAGCCUUGAACCCGAAUGUGCAGAUGAAUGCGCAGGGAGGUCCUGUGAUCAACGAAGACGACCUGAAUCGAGACUGGCUAGACUGGAUGUACACGUUUUCUAGAGCUGCUAUCCUCCUUAGUAUUGUGUACUUCUACUCUUCCUUCAGCCGCUUUGUCAUGGUGAUGGGAGCCAUGCUGCUGGUCUACCUACACCAGGCCGGAUGGCUUCCCUUUAGACAAGAAGGAGGGCAGCUACAGGCCCCCAAUAAUGCCGGUGUGAACCACGAUGGGCAGGAUGGGAAUAAUCCGGACCUUGAAGAAAUGGAGCAUCUGAUGGAUGAUGGGCUUGGUGAGGAGAGUGAAGAGGAUGCCGGGGAGGAUGCCAGUGGUGGGCCUCAGCCCGGGCUCAUGGCUUCGGCCUGGUCCUUUAUCACCACCUUCUUUACUUCACUCAUCCCGGAAGGGCCUCCCCAGGUUGCCAAUUAGACCUGACCACCUGUGCCAGCCGAGAAAGAACUGUCCUGAGAAGUGGGUUUGACUGGAGGGAAGCGUUUUAAAUAACAGUGCAAUUUCAAAAAAAUUUAUAACUUUCUUUUGAUCAUGUUGUAAAAAGGUGUUUUUUUUCAGCUUCUCAUGCACAUGAAUUUUUUCAGCACAAGUGAGCUACAAAAUGUGUGCUUUUUUAAACAUCCUUUAAGGAGGAGCACAGUGUGAUAAUAAUGUUGGUCUUCCAUGUUUUAUUCAUUUCAAUUAUGGAUAUUAUAGCAAGAACAAAAUUGUUGUUAGUGCAUAUUAUUCCUUUAAAGAGCUGUUUAAAGUAUCAACGUCUACAGCUAGGAGCCGAUGGCCCUUGAGCAAUGUGAAAUUUGAAUGAAUAAAUACGCCUAUUUUCUGUGAAUGACCCUAAAAGUUAAAAAGAUGAUUUUUAUAUUUCUAGUUUUUCCAAAGAAUGCCCGUCACACAAAAUGAGCUAGAGCAGUAUCUUUUCUUCUGCAACACAGCAAUAAGUCCUCUUACUGCUUAUCGAAAGCUUAAAAUUUUUUAAACAAGUUUUCUGAUGCCAGAAGCGAUUAUGGAAAUUUUCUUUUGUAGAAUAUACCCUGUUAAUUGGAACUAAUCCUUUUAAAACAAGUAAACAAGCAGCUCUUCAAGGGAAUUAACAGUGAUGUUUGAUUCAUUACAAAUGUUUGAUAUAUACAGUACUUUUUAUAAAAUGAGAUGUACUGGAAAUCAAUCCCUGUAAUUAGUUUUUUUAAUAAAAGGUCAAUUAUAGUAAA